GCCAUAGAGACACCCAGCGUAGCCUUCUUCUUUUCAAUAUUUCAUCAAUCAAUCAUGGCUUCCAUGGCAUUUCAAGUCUUUGCUGCCAUCCUCUUGUUUUCCUUUCUUGCCAGUGUUCUGUCCGUUACCAAUGGAUCCGGCGAUGUAGCGUUUGAUGUGAACUACAGCAUCUCAUGGGGAGCAGACCAUGUUGUUUCGCUAAACCAAGGCAGUGAAAUCCAUUUGACGAUGGACAGUAACUCUGGGUCCGGCUUUCAGUCUAAAUUGGAGUACGGCUCUGGGUUCUUCCAUGUGAAUUUGAAGACUCCGAGCAGAGAUACUGCAGGAACAGUGACGGCUUUUUAUUUGACAUCUCACACAAAUGCUCAUGAUGAACUGGACUUUGAGUUCUUGGGCAACCUAGAAGGGAAGCCAAUCACACUCCAGACAAAUGUUUUCGUCAACGGAAAAGGUGGUAGAGAGGAAAGAAUAAACCUCUGGUUUGAUCCUUCACAAGAUUUCCACUCUUACAAAAUACUGUGGAACCGAAACCUGAUAGUGUUCUUUGUGGAUGAUACUCCGAUCAGGGUGUUCUUGAACAAGUCAAACAAAGGUGUGGACUACCCAACGCAGCCGAUGCAGGUAAUAGCAAGCCUGUGGAACGGUGAAAACUGGGCAACCGAUGGAGGGAAGAUAAAGAUCGAUUGGAGAUAUGCACCAUUUGUUGCAAGUUUCAGAGGCUUCUCCAUCGAUGGCUGCCCUGCUAAUGGCCAUGGCACCCAGCAAUGCUCUCUCCCCAAGUACUGGUGGAACACUGGAACAUACACCAGCCUCAGUGCAACCCAAAAGAUUGCCUACCAACAAGUGAGAAGAAAGUAUCUGACUUAUGACUAUUGCAGUGAUAGAGCUAGGUACCAUGUCCUUCCUCCUGAGUGUCCUCAGCUGAGUUCUUAAAGAGUAUGAAGUUUAAUUUGAAA